CUACAACGCCCCUUAAAGGCGCAGCCAACGCUUCCCCAGCCAGGGCGAACCAAUUCUUCGGUUCCUGCCCCCAACUGCAGUAUGGAGUCGUCCCGGGGGGCGCCUGGGCCCGAGGCGGACUUUCUGGCUCCCGGGGAACCGCAAACCGUGAUUUUCGACAGCGGGCCGGGCCGAACGCCCUCUGAAAAGCCCUCAGGCCUCGGGCUGUCCGGGGAGGAAGAGGCCGAGAACGUUGGGGGCUCAAGCCGCUACCCUAGGGCGUCCUCGAAGACUUCGAGCUGCAGCUUCGUCCACCAGCCGGAAUGGGAGGCUCCAGAGGAAAAGCCGGGCCGCGGAGGGACGCCGUCUGGGGCGGGGAGCCGCCUGGGGGUGCUGGGUCCCGAGCACGACUCGCAUGGGUCUUCCCGGCGCAAGGACCCUGAACUGCCGGAGGACAAGCCUGUAUCCGAGAGGGUCUGCUGUCGAGGGAGCCCUGGAGGCGGCGGGAUGGAAGUUGAGCAGAAGGAAGACGACGAGGAAACGGCAGCAGCCGGCAGAACUGGCCGCUCGUUCUCCAGCCGCCUUCAGGACAGCCGCAGCCUGGACGGGCUGAGCGGGGCGUGCGGCGGCGGCACGGGGUCCGCAGGGGGUGCCGAGUCUGGAGCAGGCGGCGGGCGGCGCGCCACCAUCUCCAGCCCCCUGGAGCUCGAGGGCACGGUGAGCCGCCAUGGCGACCUCACCCACUUCGUCGCCAACAACCUGCAACUCAAGAUCCGUCUGAGCGGCGCCCCUCAACCUCCGCCGCCUGCCCCUGCUCGGCCUUGUUCAGCGCCCGCACCCACUCCGGCCAUCCCUCCCAUCGACCCCGACGUACUGCGGGACCUGGAGCGGCUGAGUCGGGAGCUGGGCUGCAGGGUAGACCGACUGCUUCGCGGGCUGGGUGGCGCGGUGCAGGAGCUGACAGCGCUAAGCGUGGGCUGCAUCCAGACCUACCGCGACGCCGUGGACUCCCUAGGCGAAGCUGUGGACAUGAGUAUCAAGGGCAUGUACACCCUGCUGGCUCGCUGCGAGGAGCUGGAGCGGGCUCUGCAGCCGGUUCAGGGGCUGGCGCGCCAAGUCCGGGAUAUCCGACGCACCCUGGAGGUGUUGGAAGCCCUGUGCAAGUGACCAGGAGGUCAGGAGAGGCCUGGCAAGGCCAGGGACCAGCAGGAUCCUAAGGAGCCCUAGUGGGACCUGCCCACUGAGGGGAGACCUAGAUAUUGGAGGCUCUUCUGGAUGCAUUUAGCAGGCCUGCGACCACUCGCUGGGCCUUAUGCAGGUGUAUAUGGGCAAGUUCUAAAGUCUCUCCUGGUGGGAGGGAAUGAUGAUCUGCUUCUGUUCAGUUGGCCAUCUGCAGCUACCUUGUUCUCCCAACUCUCUUCCCUAGUUAGAGCACCAUCUCUGGGAACCCAGGGCUUUUGGUCUGGGCUUGGGAGACCUGACUGCUAUAUGUGAUCAAGAAAGGAGAACAGAGGAGGCACCAGCCCCCACUGUGGCCACCCUGACCUCCAGUGGUCACAUCUCAGGUGACAGGGGCUAUGGGAGCUUGAGUGGUCCUUGACCGCAUACCAUACAGACAAGGAUGCAUGCUUGUAGAUGGUUAACCUCCUGCUUCUGCCCUCUGGCCCCCUACCAUCCUACUUCCCCAGCCAUAACCAGGGUGGAGCAAGAAGGAAUGUAUUGCACGGUAGAGGGGAUGAGUUGGGAGGGGUCUCACUGCUCUCAGGGUUCAGAUAGAAUUGUUGCUGGUUUUGAAGCCCACCUGUUGUGGAGUGUUCUAAUCAGUUUUGACUUUGAGUUUUUGUGGAAUUAAAGUGCUGCUGCUGCUAA